GCCGCGCCUCGGGGGGAGCCGGCCGAGGUCGCCCCCGCGUCGGCCUCGGGCUGCCGCCGCACCUCGGCCCCGGAGCGCAGGCGUCGGCGGAUAAUCCGGGAGCGGCGUGCGUGCGUACGAGGUAGGAGCCGAGCGCUCUGCACCUUUGCCUGCUGCGGGCUCCUCGCACCUCGAGGCGGCAGGUGGGGAUCAUGACUCAGAAGGGCGGUGUGAAGCCGGGGAAGAAAAACAAAGCCGAAGAGCCCGAAUUGGAGCCCCUGUGCUGCUGCGAGUACAUAGAUCGAAACGGGGAAAAGAACCACGUGGCUGCUUGUUUGUGUGACUGCCAAGAUCUCGAUGACGGAUGCGACAGAUGGAUCACGUGUAAGUCGGUGCAGCCAGAGACCUGCGAGAGAAUCAUGGACACGGUUUCUGAUCGCCUCCGAAUUCCUUGGCUGAGGGGGGCCAAGAAGGUUAACAUUAGCAUCCUUCCCCCGCUCAUCCUGCUGCCCGUCUUCCUCCGCGUGGCCUCCUGGCAUUUCCUCCUGGGGGUGGUGGUUUUGACCUCCCUCCCCGUGCUGGCCCUGUGGUACUACUACCUCACUCACCGAAGGAAAGAACAGACUCUGUUUUUCCUGAGCCUCGGACUGUUUUCUCUGGGCUACAUGUACUAUGUGUUCCUGCAGGAGGUGGUCCCCAGAGGGCGCGUGGGGCCCACUCGGCUGGCUCUGCUUACCUGCGGGUUAUUUCUGAUACUCUUAGCCUUGUGCAGAGCCAAGAAGAAUCCAGGCUACCUCAGGAGCCCGGCGGGCAGCGAGCGGCCCGGGAGCGGCGGCCCCGCCGAGCGCCCGGGCCCCGGCGGCCAGGACAAGGCCCGGGGGCCUCUCAGCAGCCGCGCGCCGAGGGAGGAGCUUCGGGGCCCCCCCGGGGUGCCGGCCGGGAGCCCCGCCAAGGUGAAGGAGGACUGGUGCGCCAAGUGCCAGCUGGUGCGACCGGCCCGCGCGUGGCACUGCCGGAUCUGCGGCAUCUGCGUGAGGAGAAUGGAUCACCACUGUGUCUGGAUAAAUAGCUGUGUUGGAGAAUCAAAUCACCAAGCAUUUAUACUUGCCCUUUCGGUCUUCUUGCUCACUUCGGUGUAUGGGAUCACACUGACCUUGGACACCAUCUGUAGAGACCGAAGUGUCUUCACAGCUCUCUUCUAUUGUCCUGGAGUUUAUGCAGAUUACAGCUCGGCUCUGGCCUUCACCUGCGUGUGGUACUCCGUGAUCGUCACGGCGGGCAUGGCCUACAUCUUCCUCAUUCAGCUGAUUAACAUCAGUUACAACGUCACCGAGAGGGAAGUCCAGCAGGCCCUGCGUCAGAAGACGGGGCGCCGGCUCCUCUGCGGGCUCAUCGUGGACACAGGCCAGUACAAUCGGGGCUUCCUGCGGAACUGGCACCAGUUCUCCACGCUGGGCGCCCCCCCCUUCCACCACCCCGCCGAGGACAUUGUCUGAAGUGCCUUCUGUGUGGCUCUGUGAGGGGUGGCCCGCCCUCUGCUCCCAUCCAUCGAACACUUCAGUGUCCGCGCAGGAUGUUCAUUUUUAUCCCCAGUUUCUUAAAAGGCUAUAUAGGGCCACGCUCAGGUUUAGACACUGGACUGGGAAGAAAUGAAUUUUUCUGACUUCAACUUAAGAGAUUUUUAUAUCAAAGCAGUGAAAGUAGAGCCAUUCUUUUCCAGUCACCUUGUUAACUCAGUCACCAGGAGUAGGAAAAGGAUGUGGAUUGCUAGUGCACAGAUUGGUAGAAGCAAUGCCCAUCCGUUAGUUAGGGGAGAAAGAGUUUGCAUCAGGAGGGUUUCCAGUCCCUCUUUCAGUUCCUGAUAGCCAUGUGACCCUCAGUUGAGUCGCUUCCCCAAGUCUCAGGUUCAUCCAUAAGCGGGGUGCUGAUGCUGGCCCCGGCCACCUCACCGGCAUGAGGGUCAUGCGAGGGAUGCGGUAUGUGGGAAGCACUGGGAAGUGACUGCAGCACCCAAGAGGGAUGAAGUAUUAUUAGGAAAACUCAAAGACCAAGAGAAAUGUUUGUAGGUCAGAGUACUGAAGCCAAAACUACCAGAGUAAUCCAUUUUCAGCAUUUCAGAAUGAAAGAUCCUGCGAUACCACAUUGUACAGUUGCGGGAAUCUCUCUUUCUGAAGUAUGAGACGUUAACUACUCAGACAGGAUGGUCGGAUGGAUGCACAUCGUCCCCUGAUCCUGAAGGCGCAGUCGAUAAGCUACGAUUAUCGGUAGGAUAAUACAGUGGUUGUGAGUUUAGGUGAUGAGUCCUUAUGUUUAUCUCUUUGUUUCUAUAUUUAUUGUUUGGAUUUACACUAAAUAGCUCCAAACUCCAAUAGGCAUUACUGUUUAUUUCCUCUUUCCGUGUUUCACCUGGGAAGGUGCUAGCACACUUAGGAUGAGGCUGGAAGAGGAGAACAGACACCCCUGUGGGGAGCACUUCACUCUCGCUCCUGGGUAAUGUGGCUGAUUAAUAAUCAAGGGCUUGAUUAACCCCCCGCACCCCCAGGAAGUAAUGCAAACGCCGUCAGUUACAGCACUCGGUUGCAAAAACCAGUUUUCUGGCACAAACUCUCUGAGAAGUUGAUUGACCAAGAGGUCAAUCCUUGCACAUGACUUCUCAUUGACCUUUCCCUAGAAAUCUCGCUUGGAGAGAAAAAACAGGGUAUAUGUGCUUUCCGCUAAUUCAUGGCUUAUGGUUCUUCCCUGGCUCUUUCUAAGAUCAUGUUAUUUUAAUCAUAUCUUAAAACUGAAAACAUAUGAAAGAUUAAAUAUUUGUAGAGAACGGGUCUGUUCUGCCAUAGAGGUAAGAUGAGGCACUUUUGGAUGGGGAAAAUACCCUCUUGAAAUAUUUGGUUUUAUACACGUACUAAUUUUGCAAUCCCAAAGAAAAUUCAUGAGUCCCUAAAUUUUCUUUGGUUUAUAGCUUAAUGUAGGGGAAAUACUGCCAGCUGUUUCAGUCUGUGCGUGCAUGCUGCUGUCGUAAGAAGUUCAUACGUGUUGCGAGGAAGUACUGCUACUUCCUGCAACUCUACCCUCGGUGGCUGGCACCAUCCCUAGUCCUGCUGCGAAACAAAGCUGUCCUCCAGACACUCACCACAUUUUUAUACAGGCUUGUCGCUGCUCUCCCCAGAGAUGGAUUGUUUAACCAGUGAGAGGCUCCGUAUUCCACUGGGAUGAGCCAAAGAGCAAGUCUGGGGAUGUUAGCAGUCUGCGGUUUCUCCAGUGAUGCCCUUGCUCUGGCCCAGAGUCAAGCAUUCAUUUGGAAUUAACGUUGGAUCCCACAGAACGAGUUCCUUGCUGCUAGGUUUGUGAUAAGAGAGGAAUAAGGUCAGGGCCAGCACAUGCGGCCAGGAAUCCCUAGUUGCGGUCUCUUGGAUGCCAGAUGUACCGCCAACUCUGAUCUCCUAACAUUAGAUGAUAAAAAUUCCUAGGAACAAUAAGACAGUGAUUUUAGCCUCUUGCCGAAUCUUUAACAGCCAUCAAAACAGAACACGAUAAAGAUGAGUGGUACCCAGAAGACCACGAUCAGGUGGGAGAGCUAGGAACGACUGCCGGUUUUAUCACGCCCCCCUCCUCCCAUGGCUUACCUGCGGGGGCCCCACUCAGAUUCCCUCCCCUGUGGGAGGACUCCUUCUAUAGGAUUCUGGCUGGUUGGAAUCAUGGUGCUUGUUUUCAGUUCCUUGAGGUCUUCGCGAUUGGCAUAUGCAGGAGCAAGCCCAAGGGUUUGAAAAGUGCAGUAGCUGUGUGGGGGUAGAAGCCUACUGAAGUAUUUGCAACCAACAAGGGGCCGUCUGGGAGCAGGGUUUCUCUAGGCCCUGGGACACCCUCCUAAGUCUGCACUUCUAGAUUCUUAUAUCUGUUUAUGACCCGGAACGAUUUGAGGGAUUUUGUCCUUUUAAAGGACAAGGCUUGUGAACGACUGAGUCCCAGAGAAACCAGUGGUGGUGGUGGUGGUGGUGGUGGUGACGGUGACGACGAUGAUGAUAGCCGUGGGGACAGUGCUCUGCAAACCUAUGAGCCGGCAGUUUGUUGGCCAUGAGGGCAGGUCCCUCCGCCACCCCCAGCAUAGUUCCCUUUCCUCCCCCACCCUCCCCUCCACUUCCUCAGCCUGUUAGUAAACAUAGGGAUACGGAGCUCGGCAAAUGAUCUACGUUCUGACCUCCUCCAUUUCGGCCACGCCAUUGUGUACAAUUUCUGGGAAGGAGAAGUGGGUCCUUUUGGAAGAUUUAAGGGAAAAAUAGUUGACGAUCAGGAUCAAAUGAAAGGAGAAGGUCCUUCAGUAUCUAAAAUGUUGGGGUUUUUUUUUGUUGUUUUUUUGUUUGUUUGUUUUUAAUGAUACCCAAAAAGUACUUUGGUCAUAGCUGGGCCCACCUGAAAUGAAAUGACCAUUAAGAAGCCUUAAGUGAGUUUUAGGGACCCUGCCGCUCAUGUCACCUCAGCCUCUGCUGUGUUUGCUUAGGAUACUGGGAACCUUGGCCAUUCAAGUAGUGUUGUCCUUUGGUGAAUAAAGUAAUUGCUGUCUUCCACUGUGCCACCUGCCUAGCAGAGACUGCUGCAGGCCUCCUCUAAUGCAAUAGCCCUUGGUACUCCUAAUAUUUUUAGUAAGAGAAAGUUUUCUAUACUAGAAUCUUCCACUGCCAGAAAACACAAUGCCAGGACGGUUUCUCUGUAAUACCGACCAUCUGCUUCAGAGACUCUCUUUCCUUUGGGUAGGACGUUAGCUUUUUAUUACAAAACUCAACUAACAUAAGCAAAAAUACGAAAUCUAGAAGCACAGUUUUAACCAGGAUGUUUAACAAUGCUUUGUGACGUUUAGGGGUCUCUUUAAACGAGGUAAGUAGGUUUAUAGGACUUCAUUUUAGCCAUAUUUAGGUACCCUGCCUUUGCAAAAAAGAGAAUUUCCUCAAACAAGCGAGGGAUGAUAGAGACUUUUGGUCGCAGCACCUGUUUGGAAUCUGGUCUUCUCGUCAGCCUGGCAAGUAUGCCAUUUUAUAUUAAACACUGCCAAGGUGAUGCAGGGAAGAAAGGAGAGCUCUGCUCACCUUAGCGCGGAAUAAAAUCUCCUGCGUUCUCGUGGGUGUUUGCUGUGAUUAAUAGAAACGUUUUGCAAAACCAGCUAAAUGUGAUCCUGUUGCUAAUGGACUGUUACCCCAGUUCAGUUGGCACCAAGUGCUCUCCUGUAGCAGCAGCAGCAGCCAAAGACGGAAUGGUUAACGGAGACCAAUUUCUUAGAGGUUGUGGCUAUUUCCAGCUAUUUCUGAGUUGGGCUUUUGACUUACUGCCACUCUAGCCUUCCUGGUGGCACCUUCACGUCUAGAAAAUCCAUACUUUAAAGGCAAAGCUUUAAAACCAGAGCUUAGUCUAUUCUAGUGACCGAUGCACCAGACAUCCCUCCCGUCUUUCUUCUUGGGGCACCGCUGACACGAUGCCAUGUUCUAGACCUUGCAAGCUCAGUCCUGCUCUGAUCCCGUGGCCUGGGGGAUUCGAUGGCUUACGUUGUUAGGGCUUUUGAACCUUUUUAUUUGAUUACAUUUCUGGGUCUGAUGUUAGGCUAAAGGAAGCCCGGGAAUAUUUAAUAUUCGAUACUUAAUGUCACUGGCCCAGCAACACUAAAGGGGAUUCCCGACGCCGGCGCUGGAGGCUGCAGGCUAAACGUUUUGCACUGUUUUUAUACUUGUAUUCAUAUCCUCUUAUCACCUCAGACUCAGACACAAGGCCUUUUAAAUGGAGAUUUAAAAAAUUACUGCCAUUUAUGUAAAAUAACGUACUGUGACCAAGUUGCUUAAAUGGAAAAUAAAGUGCUUUCUUUAAGGGAA